CUCCCUGCGACGUAUAGAUACUGCAUUGAUCGGGGACACACACACACACACACACACACGUAAACCUCCCACUCCUUUCAUCAUUGAUUCACACAGCUCGCUCUAUCACACAUUCUUUCUCUCUCUCUCUCUCUCUCUCUCUCUCUCUCUCUCUCUCUCGCUCUCUCUCUCUCUCGCUCUCUCUCUCUCUUGCUCUCUCUCUCUCUUUCUGCACUGGCACUUGUUGAAUCCGAUCCUCGCUAGAGGAGGUUGGGGGAGAUGGGAGAGGAACAGAGAGAUAAUGACAGGCAGGCAGAGGGAGUCUUUGAGGCAGCGCUACAACUGACAGCGAACGGACACAAUGGAGCUUCGCAGGGUAUGGAAGACACGGCAAAGUCAGUCACGCAGCGGAGAGAAUGCUGUCUUUUUCUAUUGAGACUUUAAGGAACGUUGCCGUGCGUCAAACUCCACUUCAGGCUUCUCAUCGCCGGUUUGUCUGCCGCCCUUAGAUUGACUGUGAAAACUGUCUGAGCACCUUCUUCUGCAAUAGUGCAUGAGAGAGCACAAGAAGAAGAAGAAAAAGAGCGAGAGAUAGAGACUGUUAUGUGCUGCUUUCCCCAGACUCCUCUCACUGGCACUUUCUGCAAUCCAUAGCAGAAGUCUCCUGGUCCAAUAUGUCACAGUUGCUCCACGUAGAGAUCCCAAACUUUGGAGCCACAGUUCUGGGCUCCCUUAACGAGCAGCGCUUGUUGGGACACUACUGUGAUGUCUCCAUCCUGGUCAAAGGCCAGGCUUUCAAAGCCCACAGGGCUGUCCUGGCUGCCAGCAGCCUCUACUUCCGCGAUCUCUUCAGCACCUCCACCAAGACCCAGUUCGAGCUGCCCUCCUCGGUCACACCAGCCUGCUUCGAGCAGAUCCUCUCCUUCUGCUACACGGGCAAGCUAACCAUGGCGGCCAGCGAACAGCUGGUGGUCAUGUACACGGCGGGCUACCUUCAAAUCCAGCACAUAGUGGAAAGAGGCAUGGACCUGAUGUUCAAGGCCAACUCGCCCCACUGUGACUCACAAACGGCAGGCUCCUUAGAAGAGACGGGGUCCGAGCCGCAGAGUCCUUGCAAUAAUGGCAGUGGCUUGGCGGUGGCCGCCCUUUUGGCCAACCCCGGCUGGUCGCCGUCUCUACUCAUGCCGCCCCGGAAGAUUAAACUAGAGGGGGGUGAGCCCACGCCGCUCACACUACCAACAACGCAUGGCAAAAUCUCAUCAUCAGAGCUGGGGAGUCGGUUGGCGAGGGCCAGUUCGUUGUUCUACACGACGGCUGGAGGGACCACCAUACCUGGCGUGCCCCCUUACCACCUACUGGGGGCUGGAGGCGCGGGAGGUGAAAGGUCAAGUCCUGGUGAAUCCAGUCUACCAACUACUGACAGUCCUACAUCAUACCAAAAUGAAGAUGAAGAGUUUGAGGAGGAGCCUUAUGACGGAAUCACAGAGGACGGCUACAGUCACAUCUACGGACGUUCAGCUAACCCCUUUGGAAUCCCAGACAAGCCCGACAUGGCGGGAGUGCCACUGGCCUUGGAGAACCGCAACUGCGUGCUGAUCCGUCGAGACCUGGUGGCGCUGCCCGCCAGCCUGAUCAGUCAGAUAGGCUACCGCUGCCACCCUAAGCUCUACACUGAGGGCGACCCCGGGGAGAAGUUGGAACUAGUUGCUGGUACACAGGUGUUCAUGACUCGAGGACAACUCAUGAACUGUCACCUCUGCGCCGGCAUCAAACACAAAGUUUUGCUGCGUCGUCUCCUAGCAACGUUCUUUGAUAGAAACACUUUAGCCAACAGCUGUGGGACGGGUAUCCGCUCCUCCACCAGCGACCCCAGUAGGAAACCCCUAGACAGCAGGGUCCUCAACGCUGUCAAACUCUACUGUCAGAAUUUCAACCCCAACUUCAAGGAGAGUGAAAUGAAUGUGAUUGCUGCUGACAUGUGCACAAACGCACGGCGCGUCCGCAAGCGAUGGCUGCCCAAGAUCAAGUCCAUGCUGCCCGACGGCAUGGAGGUGUACCGCGCCGGCAUGGCAAUGGCCGGCGGCCCCGCGGGUCUGGGGCUGGGCCUCGGCCCCAUCCCCCAACAAGGGGUUCCCCUACCCUUCGAGCCCGACUUCAAGACCUUUGAGCAGAGGCUGUAUCCCGACCGUAAGGACCCUCUGAGGACUCAUCCACCGCUGGCUGACGGAAGCCCAGGCUCGGCGACGGCCGGAGCGGAGGCGGAAGCCGCAGGGGGUGGAGCUCAGGAGGAGCAGGAUGAGGAUGAAGAUGAAGCCAGCUUAGAGACCGUCAACGGAUCACUGGCGGCGCCCGCCUUGAUUCCCGGCGCUGAGGCGGGCACUUGCGGCGACACCUCGUCCGAGCAGGAAGGUUUCGGACAAGGCCUGAGGGUGAACGGACAGUGAAUGUUGGCGUCGUGAAGUUCGCUUUUAACCUUUUUGCUUGUCACUCUCCUCCACUGUGCUUCCUCCAGAGAAAAUAUCCAGUGCAAGAAGCUUGUGAUCUGACACCACAGGAAUUGGUCACACUGAGGUGAAUGUGUACACGUAACGAUACACGUAAAAAGCGGUCCAAGCAAACAUAGGCAUGGCAUCCAGAUAGUCGCUCGCAGUAUUGACCGAAUUGAAUCACACCCAAUCCGUUACUUUUUGGACACAAAGGCAAUUCUCUUGUCUGCGGUUUAUCGACUGUCCAAAUGUAUCCCCAAUUCCUUAUUUCUUUAGAAUAUGUGUAAUUGAUGCUAAUUAAAGUUAAAGUACCACUGAUCGUCACACACACACACACUAGGUGUGGUGAAAUUAUCCUCUGCAUUUGACACAUCCCCUUUUUCCACCCCCUGGGAGGUGAGCAGUGAGCAACAGCGGUGACUGCGCCCGGGAAUCAUUUUGGUGAUUGGUUAUGACAAAUACGCUAAUGUGUAUUUGAAUAUAUUACAUUUACAAUAGUACACAUUAGUAUAUAGCAGAAAAACAUGUUUUGCCUCCUGAGCGUAUUUAACAGCUUACUGCAUCCAACUGGAGGACACAUUCGUCCGUUCUCAAUGUUUUCUGUUUGCAAAACACAAGUCACACAUCUCACGCCUUCAUAUUCAGUGUUAUUUUAAAAAUAUAUAAAAUCUUAACAUGGGCCAAAAUUGUAUUUUCUUUCUUUAAUUAUGAUAAAAUAGUGACCAAGUUUACAGUAGAUACACUACAAAAGAGUUAUAUGGUUACAUUAUAAACACAAAAAAAUAAAUGUACGACAAAAAUAAACUCACAACAUUACGAAAAAAACUAAAUUAUGUUCUAAGUACUUUUUCGAGGAACAAAAAACAUACAUUUUUUAAAGUGCUGUCAUCUGUUUAUUUUUUUUAAAUCGGAUUAAUCACACCUUUCGAUUUGCAUUAAUCAUGAUUAAUCACAGUAAAUGACUUGCUUACAUAGUUUAAAUUAACCUAAAAAAAACACCCCAAUUUUUUUGACAAAUGGGAAAAAAAAAUUGUCAGAAUGUCACAAGCAAACUUUUUUAAUGUUUUGCUUGAAUAUAUGAAUAUUUAUUUGCUCAAAACCUGCUAACCAUUUUAUCUGAAGUACUGUCUGGAAUUAUUUUGGAGUGAAAUUUGGCAGCAAGCACACAGUUGGAGUCUCCUAACUUAUCUCAACUCACGCCACUUUUAAAUUAACCAACCGCGGUUAACGUAAAGUUGCAUGUGUGCUCAAAAUAAAUUGUGUGAUUAAUGUGCAAUUAUUUAUGAUAAAUGCGAUUUUUUUUUUUUUUUGGAUCAACCACGAGUUAAGUCAUUAUUUUUGACUUCUUCAAUUUUUUGAUAUAUUAUUUAGGGCUGUCAAAUUGAUCAAUCUCAUGUAUCGUAAUAAUCACGUAUAAACGCAGCGCAACCAUUUUAAAAUAGCAUCCACUAGCAAGGACACUACUUCUUCAUCGCUGGUAAACCUGCAGCAACACCACAAAAAAGUUAAGCAACGCUUUUGUAGCAGCUGUGAUUAAUCAUGAUUAAUCCAGAUUUAAAAAUCUGAUUAAGAAAUGUAUUCAUUUCACAGCAUUAUUUACAUCAAAGCUGUAUUUAUUUUCCUAAAUAAAAAUAUAAUUUUGCAAAGUUUUUUUUUCAAGUUACUACCUAAUAAUAAUAAUGGUAUAACCUAAGCUGACUAAAUCAGUAUUUUUUUUAAAAAAAAUUUUUUAAAGUUUGCAAUCAUAGGAUUUUUUUACAUUGUCUCUUUAUGAUUCAUUCACAAUAGAAAUUAGUAGUUACAUUUUUGUUUUUGGCCACACUAAUGAAUGCUAGCUUUUGGUUCGUGUGGAAAUUUUGACAUAAAGUUACCUGAAUUUUUUCCAACUUAUAAAUGUAGUGCAAUCUUAUGACUUUAUUCUAAAACCUUAAACACUUUUAUUCCACAUUUUUGGAAAAUAAAUCAGUGUGACUCUCAUACUCCUUUGUAGUAUACAUAUGCAGUAUAACAAUUGGAGCAUACCCCGUGGGAUACACUGUAGUCAUCUGCAGUUUUUUUUUUGUAUUCCCUGUGAUGCCUGUGUCUGCCUUGGACCGCCAUUUCCAACUACACAAACCCACACACGCGUACAUGCAGUGUAGAUGCUAGCCGAUGCAUUUAAAAAAAAUCCAUGCAAUGCAACAAUGCUUUUAAAGUACAAUAAUCUUGUCUUGGGGUUAAAAAUCCUGAAGAACAAGCACUCAAUGUUAUAUUGCAUGCGUGGCUACAAAUGAUGAAGAACAGUUACUCAUUAACAUCAAAGCAUCCACAGAGAACUGUGAUUAAUACAUCAAAUGACUGUUUGAAGUUAUUUUUUUUAUUUUUUUUUACUGGGAUCUUACCUCAGUGUGUUGGAACUGACCUGGGUGUCACCCGGAAACGACUGUCGCGUCCCCGGUAAGACGCACAGCGCCUGAUUUUUUUCAAGAAGCCCUUCAGUUGUCCCUUGAUGUGGUUUUACAUCCACAUGGUCCUUCUUUCAUCCUGUUAUUUUGUAUUGUUCCAGAGGGGAGGGUGGGUAAAUUAUUGAAUAGAAGCAUAUUACACAGUACAGCUGGCUUAUUGUAUUUGCACUCAAAAAGGAGAAAUUAUAAAUUUUCCAAAAGAAGCGACUGAAUUUGCAACUGAAAGUGUCCUUUAUGUUGUCCCAGGUAAUGUGUUGAUAAGAGGUCCUAUUGUUUUAGUAGGGGGGGCAGUGUCCAAUAUGGAUUUGAAACUUUUUUUUCUUUUAUUAUUUUUCACCCCCCAAUUUAUUCCUGAUUAAUGUUAAAUAAUCAUUGUUUUCAUUGAUCAAGAUUGACAGAAGAACAAAAACGAUCAAAGACAAAAACCCCAACACAUGUUUGUUUAGUCUAAAAACGUGCCAUUCCCGAGGUUCUAGAAGAAGCUUUAAGAAAGUCCUGCACAAAGGUGUACAGGGUUGUAAUUGCACUUGGUGAUGUUUACAAUGUUCUCUCAUGUUUUUCUUUUGUUUGCUUGGGUCACUUAGAACAGGGCUAUAAUAGAAAGGAAUGGCUGAGAUCCCAGGAUGAAUGUAAAUUUUAGCGUUGCUUUGGCAAAGUGGUCAUAAGUAGACAUGUUUUGGCUUUAUUUUGUUUUUUAAAUGUUCCUAAAAGGUCUUCCAAUAGAGGUUAUAUUAGCCUUUUCUCUGAAAUGAAUAGAAAUCUGAAUGAGUCUAAUCUGCCGCCUUUUAGCACUUUCUUUUUCUUUUUUCUUUUUAAUCGUUCUCAUACUAAAAUGACAUGUAUUUCUGUAUUUUCUCAAAUAGUGGCCUCUUUCGAGCAGUCUAAAUUUGACAGUUUGUGGGUUGUUUGCAUCAACAAAUCAACGUUUCUCCCUAAAUAGAAGUUUGAAAAGUUCGUAUAACACAUAAUGCUCAUUUGCAUGGUUUUACAGUACGGCCGAAUGGAGGAUUUCCAAUAAAUAAAAGCUUAACAGUUGAUAAAAAUAUUGCUAACAAAAUGCACAUACUGUAGGUGAGGUCUCAUGGCCAUGCAGUAAGUGCAAAUUUAAAAAUAAAACUCUGUGUAGAUUACACAUUAAGACAAAAAAAAACGUUUUUGUGUCCAUGCAGGAACUUCAAAAUAAAAAUACAAUUCAAACAUCAAUCAAACAAAGGGUUAGUUUGGAAAAAAAAAAGACUAACAAAGUCCACACAUCUUAAUUACCCUAAAA